CUGGUAGGUAUAUUUGAUUCUUAAUUUAAUUCAUUUUUCAUUUUUGAAAUUUUCCAUUCUUCACAUUGACUUCCAAUGAUAGAUUUAAUUAUUUCAUCAGGCAGUUAGUCAAUUAAAUGAAUUACUAUCUUGUGCCCAGUUUAGGUUGAAUGUAAAAGGUUUAAAGGAAUUUUUCUUUGUGAUGAAGAGCUAAGGCUUUAAUUCAAAGUGACUUGGCUUUACAUUUCACCUGUUCCAAUGAAUUAGUCUGAUGAUCUUGUAUGAAUAUUUCCUUCUACACCUUAGUUCACUAAUCUAUGAAGUUAGGAGAUUAAGAUGGAUUAUCUCCAAAACCAUCUUAUUAAGAAUGUUCUGUGAAUUAUUUUAAUUUAAAGUUGCAUUUUGUUGUUAUGGGGAUGUUUUAGAUCCAGGACUCCUGGAAACAAAUAAUUGCAAUACUGAAAUAAGGCACCAAAUGAGCAUACUGACUGAUCUCAGUAGUACUCCCUCCAUUUAUCAUUCUGGUUCCGUCUUCUUAUUUCUAUAGGGCAGCUACACAAUUCCCAAUGGAGAACAACACAGAGGACUUGCAAUUUGAAGAUAUCAGCUGAAAGUGUGUUAUCUUUCUUGAAGAGCAAGAGAACUUGGAAUCUUUUGAAUACUACCUGAGACAGAGCUUUUUCUAAUGGUAUUUAUGCAUUAUUCACGAAUUAAUUUCCAAUUUUAGACUUAUAUGAUUGACUAUCUCUUCUUUUCCAGAUGCAAGGACAUCUUGCAAUUCCCAGAUAAUACUGAUGGAGAAUUGUACAGAAGUUACAAAGUUCAUUCUUCUAGGACUAACCGAUGCCCCAGAACUACAGGUCCCCCUCUUUAUCUUGUUUACCCUCAUCUACCUCCUCACUCUGUGUGGGAACCUGGGGAUGAUGCUGCUGAUCCUGCUGGAGUCUUGUCUCCACACUCCCAUGUACUUCUUUCUCAGUAACCUGUCUCUGGUGAACUUUGGAUACUCCUCAGCUGUCACUCCCAAGGUCAUGGCUGAGUUCCUUACAGGAGACAAGGUCAUCUCCUACAAUGCAUGUGCUGUUCAGAUGUUCCUCUUUGUAGCCUUGGCCACUGUGGAAAAUUACUUAUUGGCCUCAAUGGCCUAUGACCGCUAUGCAGCAGUGUGCAAACCCCUAUAUUACACCACCACCAUCACAGCCAGUGUAUGUGCUUGUCUGGCCCUAGGCUCUUAUGUCUGUGGCUUCCUAAAUGCCUCAUUCCACAUUGGGGACAUAGUCAGUCUCUCUUUCUGUAAGUCCAAUCUGGUACAUCACUUUUUCUGUGAUGUUCCAGCAGUCAUGGCUCUGUCUUCCUCCGAUAAACAUAUUAGUGCGGUGAUUCUGGUUUUUAUGUCAAGCUUUAAUAUCUUUUUUGCUCUUUUAGUUAUCUUGAUCUCCUACCUGUUCAUAUUCAUCACCAUCUUGAAGAUUCAUUCAGCUAAGGGACACCAAAAAGCGUUGUCUACCCGUGCCUCUCACCUCACUGCAGUCUCCAUCUUCUAUGGGACAGUCAUCUUCACGUAUUUGCAGCCCAGCUCCAGCCACUCCAUGGAUGCAGACAAAAUGGCAUCCGUGUUCUAUGCUGUGAUCAUCCCCAUGUAGAACCCUGUGGUUUAUAGCCUGAGGAACAGAGAAGUCAAGAAUGCAUUCAAGAAAGUGUUGAGAAGGCAAAAAUUUCUGUAAGAUUGGAAUUUUAACAUUGCUGUAUACACAAAAAUGUUGUUUCACUGAUCUCAGACCUUCCUCAUGCAAUGAGUUACAUUUGAAACACCACAAUACAUUUGUUUAUGAGGUGAUAUUCUUACCUCUUUAGAAGUCAAUUAUUUAAUAAAAAGAAAACAUUCUCAGAAAUGUAACACCUGAAUGUGGAAGGCUAAAGGGAAUUAUUAGAAUUUUUGGAAGUCACUGAUCACACCUUACUAAUGACAUUUGGUUUAUUCACUUGUUCCACUUGCAUUUUCUCUAUCACAUUCCAAUGCAAACAUACUUGUUAAACAGGAACACCAACAACUCCUCUUGUGGGCACAUUCUCAUCUUGUCUGAGAUCUUAGAGGAAGAGCUUUCAACUCUUUCUCAUUCAAUACAAUGCUGGCUGUGGAUUUAUUGUAUGUUGCCUUUGUUAUGUGAAGCUAUAGUCCUUCUAUUCCUGAUUUGUUGAGGUUUUUAUCAUGAAGCGAUGUUGAAUUUUG